AUGAAGCUCAAAGCUGGAAACAAGAACGCGUCGUGCGUGCUCGCGCACCUCUCGCUCAACAACGUGCCCGCCCUCGGCGACGUGUGCCUCGAGUCGCUCGACCUCAGCUGGUGCCGCGCCGUCUCGGACAACGGCGUCGGCGCGCUCGUCGACGCGGCGCCGCGCUUGCAGCGCCUCACCGUGUGGGGGUGCUCGAACCGCUUCUACGAGGGGCACUCGCGCGAGCAUCUGCGCGUGGUCGGCCGCAGCAUCUGA